CAAACAGUGAAAGAGGACUCCGCCAGGUAUGCAUCAGCAAAAUGUGGAGUUUUGCAGUCAACACGUCUCAUACACUCUCCACUUUCUGUAAUUCUGAGCUCGUGGUGAAGGGGUAGAGGUUAAGUUAAGUGUACUUUUGAAUCACUAUCUAACCCUUUAGCAUCAGUACAUUUUCACUGUGCUAGCCUGUUAGGUGUCACGUACUGGGCACUGGUGUGUCUAUAGGCAGACAGUAUGGCAGAUAUCGAGUCCUCUUUUGAAUUUAGCUCAUCUUUUACUAGUUCCUCGCUGCCUCCCCCAAGGACGCGAAUCUUUAAGAUCAUAGUCAUCGGAGACUCCGGAGUCGGCAAGACGUGCCUCACCUACAGAUUCUGUGCGGGCAAGUUUCCAGACAAGACUGAGGCCACUAUCGGGGUGGAUUUUCGGGAGAAGAUUGUCGAAAUAGACGGCGAGAAAAUCAAGGUACAGUUGUGGGACACUGCAGGCCAGGAGCGCUUCCGGAAGAGCAUGGUUCAGCAUUACUACCGUAAUGUCCAUGCUGUGGUGUUCGUCUAUGAUGUCACAAAUGCUGCUAGUUUUCGGAAUCUUCCAGCGUGGAUCGAGGAGUGCCGUCAUCAUGCUCUGGGUCAGGAGGUGCCCAGAAUCCUGGUCGGCAACAAAUGUGACCUGCGCCACGCCGCUCAAGUAAGCACUGAUGUAGCACAGCAGUUUGCUGAUGCCCACUCAAUGCCUCUGUUCGAGACCUCAGCCAAGAACCCCUUUGGAAAUGAUGAUGGCAGUCGGAACAAUAGCGACCAUGUCGAGGCCAUUUUUAUGACUGUGGCGCACAAGCUGAAAUCUCAGAAACCACUGGUGUUAAGCCAGCCACCUAGCGGAUCUGGAGAUACGUUCACUCUUAGGAGGCAGGAGGAGGAGGACAGGGGAGCCUGGGGUUGUAGCUGCUAAUGAAGCAGAGUCUGUGCAAGCCUGGAAGUGCAGAAAGGGGAGGAGCCACACUUUACUGGGCGGGGCCAACAUAUGUUAAGCUGCACAGAGGCAGAUUUAAUGCUUUCGUUAUCUGUGAAAAGGCGGUCCAGGAUUGUUAAGAGAAGGACAGAGGAGUCUUAUAUUGAGGGAGAUGUAAACCAUUGCCUAGAUUUUUGUAUCUGAUGUGCAGAAUCGUGCCAUUAUUCAAAAAGGAAACGGCACCAGGAAAUGGUCUCUCUAUGGCUCUCCAGAUGCUUUGACGUGCAUUUAUGCCCACCUUACGUAUCCCAGCUUCAAACUAUAGUACAGUAGCCUCUAUCUAGCUCUUGUACCUCCCCGCCAUCACUGCCAAGCACUCACCACAGAUGAAAAAAUUCACCUACUAGAUUUUGCUUUUAUUUUUAGUGCAAUUGUGCACAGGGGAAUUGAAAGGUAUAGUAAGGUUUUAUGUUCAAGAUGAUGUCUUUUUCAUUACAUCUAUGAAACCAUUUUCAUGCCAAAAUUAGAUGAAUUAUUUAGUAAAAUCACUCACCUCCUAGGUGAAGUGCCAAAUCUGGUUUUGUCUGUGCAUUUGUGGUUCGUUCUCUCCCUCUCUCUCACCACCACACAUGCAGGCACUUCCUGUGAAAGUUGUCAAUUCUCUCAAGGGAAAAGUCUAACCAUCAAACGAAAAACGCAUAUUAUUUGUUGUAAGUGCUGCUAAUAGAGAGAAACAAGGGAUGAAUGUAGAGGAAUAUUCCAGGCUUAAUAAAUGCUCAGUCAACAGCAUUUGUGGCAUAAUGUUGAUUUCCACAAAAAUGUAUUAUGAAUAAUCCCCAAUUUAUAACCCCCCAGACAUAAACAAUAUUUAUUUUAAACAUAAACAAUAUUAUGAUUUUUAGUGUGAUAAAAUAGCUUACAAACAUUUUCUGUGUAAAGAUAAAUUCAGUUUUACAACUUUGUUGCAUGACGAUGUAACCUAGUAAUUCCUGUAUUGAAUAUAAAUUUACAUAAAAGGUUAGUAAGCACUAAAUUCAUGUUAAUACAUAUAAUGUUAUUAUCUGGUGGCUAUAUUUUUUGAAACUGUAUUUUAGCAUGUAUUUAGUGGCUCCAUUCACUUCCAUUGGAAGUGUCUCACUGUAACAGAUUUUUUUAAUAAACAAUGUCAAAAUAUUUAUUUUUUGGAGGGAAAUCAAUAUUAUGCUACAAAUGCUGUUAAGUGAUCUUCACUGAACCUGGAUUAUUCCUUUAAAUGGAAAAUAAAGCAGACAUCAUUCCCUUUUAAAAAAUGUCUUAAAAACAGACCUAGUCCACUGCCAGUAUUUAUUUCUUUUCUUCUAGCAGUCAUUCAGCUGAACAAAAUCUACAGUAAAAACUGGUUUAUGCAUGUUAUCAAAUCCUUACAGUGAAUCAGCUGUCUUUCACACAUCCACAAUUUUGAACUGUUAAAAUGACUGCUGUUAAAAAGGGACAGGUAGUCACUGUGAUAUCUAUGGAAGCGUAUUGCAUUCACUUGAGAAAAAAAAAAUCUACUCUGUUUUUCUGAAUUAACGACUUAAUUAUC